CGUGAGAACAGGUCGCCUGGUACUGGGCGCAGUUUGAGGUUCGCGUUACUGGCUGGUGGGCUACGUCUUGAGUUGUGUUCCUCCUUUAAGGCGUUCUCGAAUAGCUAAAUGGCUUAUGCAGGAGGCGAGGGCGCUGCCAAACCGCAGUACAACAUCAGGGAGGAUCAUGUGAAGGAGGCCCUGAAGGCGGACAAGGGCAGCGAGGCCGUACUAAACUUCUGGCAAAUUAAAGACCUUGCUGAGAAGGGCGACAACUUUUCUUCUUCAGUUACCAGCGUCAAAGUCCGGUUCUCCUUGAUGGGGGAGACAAGCAAAGUGUCUUAUGUGGUAAAAAUAUGCCCUCCAAGAUCUAAAAUGGCCCAAGUGGCAGAGUUUCCUUUAAAAAUGAUGAAGAAAGAAAAUGAGUUUUUUCAGGAAAUCCUUCCGAAACUCAACUCAGAGCUGACUUCCUUGGGGCACCAUAACUUGAGAAUGCCAAAGUGGUUCUACACAUCAUUAGAAGAGAACAAAGAGAUGAUCUUCUUAGAGGACCUCAGAGAUCUGGGCUUUGAAGUGUUUAAAGACUGCAAGGUGGGCCUCGAUGAGGCCCAUACAAAACUGGUCCUGCAGGAGCUGGCCCGACUCCACGCUGCCUCUCUGCUGCUGAAAGCAAAGAUGCAAAUCUUGCAUGAAGAACCUGACAGCGAGAAAGGCCUGGCUCUCGCUUUCAAGUACAUUAAUGAAGACUGGACCACUUUAAAGGAAGACGAAGAGGCGGAGCAGAAUUCUAAGUGCUCGGUAAGUCUAGUGGAGGCGGAGGCCUUUUUGGCCAAAGAUGGCGGCUGCGAGGUGGCGAGGCGAUGGUUGGAUAUGCACAAGAACAAGCCCCUUGAUCUUGCAAAGAGCUUUCUGGUCAGACAAACUAAGUUUGAUGUAAUAUGUCAUGGCGACUGCUGGGUUAACAACCUACAAUUCAGGUACAAUAAAGAUGGAGAGCCGGUUGAAGUGAUGCUCCUUGACCUCCAGCUGAACCGUCUGGCUUCCCCAGCCACCGACAUAAACUACCUCCUCUACACCAGUCUUCACGGCGACAACAGGAAGACCAACUGGCGGAACUACCUCUCCUCCUACUACGACACCUUCAGAGGUGUGAUGGAGUCCGGAGGUUUGGGCAUGCUUUUCACCCUGGAAGAGCUCCAUCAAGAGUACAGGAGCAAGAUGGAGUACGGUAUGCUGUAUGGGUCCAUGACGGUGGCGUUGUUGAUGAGGGAGAGCCCCAGUUCCCCGGGCUGGAUGGGGGGAAGUAAACAUUUUCGAACUCGGUUCCUCGCUUUGUAUGGUGAACUAAUUGAGCAAGAGCGAUAACGUCUUAGUGUUGCCCAGUGAAGAAAUCUCACGGAAUUUACUUGCACCUAAUGAAUUCGGCCUUGUAGCUGCCUGUGGCAAUGUGUGGACACGGAUCCUGAAAUAUCAGUGCCUAUGAAGAACCCUUUGCUCCAGGACCUGCCAAAAGUGUAUUUAGGUAGUAAUUAGUUACGUUAAUAGAGUACCAAAUGACAUGAUCAACUUGACAAUCUGAGAUCUAAAGUCAUCUUGUGUAUAUAAACCUAAACAAAAUAUUUACUGUCAAUGUCACUUGUUCAGAAGGUACUAGAUUCCCCCACUGUUCUUUUAUGCCAAAUGUUAAAUCAAUAAACGGUAUUAAUGUUGCAAUUAUAAAAUUAA